AUGAUUCGAGGAGCUGGAGGCUUGUCCAUUGCCCCAAGCUUGCAAUUUCAAAGUGUAUGGGGGCGGGAUAGUGGAAGAUACCAAAAUGCCUAUGAAAUGAUAUGGGACUGUAGCGGAACUGGUUUGCUCAUUCCAACACUGCUGAGUGCUUUCUCCGAGCAACGAUUGUCUCCUUAUGAUGCUUUCUACCAAGAAGGGGAUGAUGGAGUUGACUCUCUUAUGGAUAUCAUUUCAGAAACCAUCAAAUUCAUGCUUGAGUGCGACAUGAAGCCAAAAAAAGAGGACCACUGGGGAUACGGUGCACUAUUGGAUAUUUGCACAACGGCUGUACUCGUCAAGGAAGAUCUUCCAUUGAUUUUGAACAUGAUUGAGUUGAGAGGGCCACUUCAGUUAUCUACCCGCAAUUAUCUAUCCUCGAGUGCUCCCCACCAUGUCAAUUUGAAACACAACCUUCGACUGAUUCUCUCUCAAGAUGAAGACUUGAUUCAAGCACCGAAGAUAAUCAAGGCAAUCAUUCAAGAGUCCGAGGAAGAGCUCAGGGAAGCUUUGGCAAGUGGACAUGCUUCGCCAAAUGAUACGAUAGGUACCCUUUCGCCGCUGGAAGUUGCAUUUGGGUGGCCAAAGGGCAUACAAAUUCUCCUACAGUCCGGGGAAAAUCCACAUUGUCACUUUCCCUUGCUUGCUAUGGCCGAGGGAGUGCAAAACCACGCUUCAGCCGCUCUUUUACUUGAAGCAGGAUGUGUUAUUCAAAUGGAUGACCUGGUCAAGAACGAGCAGUGUAACGAUGGUGGCCAAAGAUACUCACUACUGGUCUACGAGUUGGCAUCAAGACGAAGAAGAUUAUGUACGCUAGCACAAUCUUCAUUGCCACCCGAUCAAAUGCCACCUCUCGAUGGGCCUGCCACAAACAUAUGCAUAGCUCUAGCUGCCCACGGGAUAGAGGUCCCAAUCGAGUUGCGCUUUGCGACUGAUUCACAGGGAUCCACAGCACACUACCAGACCUGGUUAGCCAGGAUGUCUAGGGAUUUCAUCAAGAUCAUGGAUAGCAUAUACGAAAUUGGAUUCCAUGACGUUGAUUUGCCAAAUCAGUAUGGUAUAACUCCCUUAAUGGCAUUCUCUCCUUCCACGGCAGCCGCCGCUCCUAUGCUUAUCAAGUGUGUAGCCUGGUUGAUGUCGAAAGGAGCCAAUGUUGAACGGAGAAUGCCGGCAUCAAAUGCGAAAGUUGCUCAUUUCCUCACAAGCCAAGUUAUUAAUAUUCAUUUCAUGGAGAUUGGGGGUGAAUUGGAUAGCUUCGACAGAGACUAUCGCAAUUGGACAAGAGGAAUCACCGAAUUGGCAGAUGCAUGCUUUUUUGUAUCCCCUGCACAAGACUGUUGUAUUUGCGCCUGUUCUUCUGGCGGAUGUACCACACUCUCGGUGGCACUCCGAUUCAUCGUUUUGGAAACAUCCAAAUGGCGAUCGGAAAUCCAGCAUGACCACCUCCGAAAGUUGAUUCUCUCUCUGAGUGUAUGGCAGGACUCCUGGCCAGAUCUUUCUCGAGCGAUAGUCAGAAUCUUGACGUUCGAUGCGUUAGGUCUAACGCAUACGUGCUGCGCGGAAAUAGAUCAAUUUGAGGUUGUGUGGGUGCCUUAUCUGGCCCAAGGAGGGAGAGAUGAGACAGAAAUUGGCAGGAUCUUGGAUGACCAGUAUUUGCUGCUCAAAGACUUCGAAGAACUGAUGAAAGAGAUGGAAAGCAAACUUGAUGAGCUUGACCUUCCGCUCGAAGAGUUCCUCGAUGGCUAUUGGUAUGACCGUGUAAUCGAGUAUCUUUCGAGGCGUGACCACUACGAUGAGGAGCAUGUCAUGGAAACAAGAAGGAUGGGAAUCUUCCUCGAAGCAGAGGAGCUCUGUAUACCUGACAGAGUCUCGUUACAAUUUCGCUCUCGAGUUCAAGACCUGCAGGAUGAUUUAUUGCUGGAUGAACCAAAAUGA